AUGCCUAUCAGUCUUCGUGCACUCCUCGUUACGGCCCUGGCUACACUUGCCAUUGCAAACCCCGUACCCAACGUCAACCCCGAGGCAGACGUAGCCCUCGAACGCCGCCAAAUCACCAAUUCAAAGGACCUGGAGAACGGCGACUGCAAGCCCGUGGCAUUUAUCUUCGCCCGUGGCUCUACCGAGACCGGCAACAUGGGCUUUAUAGUCGGCCCCCAAGUAUGCAGCGGACUAAAAUCCAAGCUCGGCUCGGACCAAGUCGCCUGCCAAGGCGUGGGCGGCGCCUACACAGCUGGCCUAAUCCCCAACUUCCUGCCGGAGAACACAAACAAGGAAUCCAUCGAUGCCGCCGUGGACAUGUUCAAGCUCGCCGACGAGUGCGGCGACGAGACCCAGAUCGUCGCAGCCGGAUACAGCCAGGGCUCUGCGGUGAUUUCGGGGGCGGUGCAGGCGCUGGACGACUCGCUCAGGGAUAAGGUCAAGGGCGUUGCGCUGUUUGGGUUCACGCGCAACCUGCAGGAUAAGGGACAGAUUCCGGGAUACCCGGAGGACCAGACCAAGGUUUACUGUGCUGUGGGUGAUCUGGUUUGCUCUGGCACGCUGAUCAUCACCCCGGCGCACUUGACGUAUGGCACUGAUGCAGGGAGUGCGGCGGACUUUUUGGCAGGGACUGUCGACGCCUAG